AUGUACAAGUGUCAUCGCUGCCAUUACAGAUCGAACUCACCCAAAAAUUAUUCUCACCAUUAUGCUAUUCAUAGGUACAUUAAUAACACCAGUUUUCCCUGUGGUGUGCCUGGUUGUACUAGGGCAUUUAGGGUUUAUGAAAGCUUCACUUCGCAUCUCUCACGAGAUCACUCUAACUAUAGGGUUUCGCACAGUGUCACUGAGAAAACAUCAGAUGCCUGCAGUUCUAGUCAAUGUCCCCAUGGUCAACUUGGGCAGGUGGGCUUUGAGGAUGAAUUGGUGAAUUUAACCUGCACUCACUGUAAGAUGCAUUGUGGCCAAUACAGUGUGUUGCUGGCUCACCUAAAGGAGCACAUCCAGAAUGGAGCUGUAGUUACCUGCCCUUACAAAGGUUGCACUUUAGAGUAUAGGGUCAUAUCUUCCUUGACUUCACAUUUGUCUCGUAUUCAUCCCACUUUGCCAUGCAAACCAGUGAUGUCAAAUUUGGCCACAGAAAGUGGUUCUUCUGUCAUGUCUCCCUCUGUGGAGUGCACAGCUAAUGAUUGCAACAUAGACACUGAAGGCAACAACUUGGAAGUGCAGCAGCAACUUCCUGCAGUUGAGGAAGAUGAAACUUCUGAUGAAAGUUUGUCUGAUGAUGUGUUUCUUGAAAGUGUAGCUUUGUUUUAUUUGGGGCUUGAAUCCAAGCAGCAUAUACCCCAGUCCACUUUACAGAAAGUUGUUACAGGUGUUUGCAAUUUCCAUGAUAUUAGCCAAGAGCAAUUGCAGUUGAAAUUGAAAAAAAACCUUGAAGAAGAGGGCAUAGGUCUUGACCGAAUACCCCUUAUAGUCAACGAAGUUUUCAGCAGUGAUCUCUUUCACUUAGUGCACAACAGCCAUGAUGGCACUUUGAGGUCAAAUUACUGCAGAAAAAAAUUCUACCAUAAAAAUCUGAAUUAUAUUGCCCCAGUAUCAGUACGUUUAGGUAGAGAUGGGAACAAUUUAGAAAGGCAUUAUCACUAUGUCCCCAUAAGAGAGACAGUUGAGUCCUUCUUUCAAGAUUUAUCAGUGCAGAAGCAAUACAUCAUGAAAAGAAAUUUUGCUAGUGACAUUUAUGAAGAUUUUCAUAGUGGUGAGGUUUUCCAAAAACAUGAACUGUUUGGAAAACAUCCUGAUGCAUUGCUAUUCUUCUUUACCAGGAUGCGUUUGAAAUAG